AUGGGCGGGCUAUUUGGCCAGCUCUUCACAAAACUGACACUUCCACCCGCAUCCGCCGUUGAUGGGAAGACUAUCCUCAUCACUGGGGGCAAUACUGGCCUCGGCCGCGAAGCCGCCCGGCACGCCCUGGCCCUCGGCGCCGCCACGGUCAUCUUAGGCGUUCGCACCCUCUCCAAAGGAGAGGAGGCCAAAGCCGAUAUUGAAUCGAGUACUGGCAACUCGGGCAGAAACAAAGUCCUUGUCUGGCCGAUCGACCUUGAAUCUUUCGCUAGCGUCCAAGCCUUUGCAGAAAGAGCACGAAACUAUGUUGCGGGUGAGAAUGGUCGCCUCGACUUGGCGAUCAUGAAUGCUGGUAUAGCCUCAGUAAUGUGGGCUGUCACCCCCGAUGGUUGGGAGAGACACCUCCAAAUCAACGUGCUCUCCACGGCGCUUCUCAGUCUGAAACUGUUGCCCUUGUUGCGUCACACCGCCGAACAGCAUCCGCAAGACUGGCAAAGGCCGCAUCUGGUCAUAGUCACGAGCGACAGUCAUGAAUCCGUCAAAUUCCCUGAGCGUACGGCAGAUCGCAUUUUCCCCGUCUUGAAUGACCAGGGCCAAUGGGCCAAAUCUCAGAGAUUGGGAGGUCCGAUUGAGCGUUACGGGGUGUCGAAAUUGAUGGCUAUCUUGAUGACGGAGGAUAUUGCUCGGUUAGUGCCUAGAUCUACACAGGGAGACCCGCUCGUCGUAGUUAAUUCGGUGGCACCUGGGUUCUGCAAGUCGGAAUUGUUGACCAGGGAGAGUGUGCCGUGGUUUCUAAAGGUGAUCGAGGCCCUGGUUGCCAGAUCUGCGCAGGAAGGGAGCAAAACACUCUUGGAUAGUGCAACCCGCGGCAUAGCCUCCCAUGGAAAGUGGUUGGAGAACCAAGCGAUCACUACGCCGGGGAAGCUAGUGACGGACCCUAACGAGGCGGCAUAUAAGAAGAAGGAAGCCCGUCAUUCACAGUCAACUUCUGAGCACAGUUGA